GAUACUUUAUCGCAAAGAUCGCUCUUUUUGUACUAUAUACGUGUGUGCGUGUGCGUGUGCGUGUGUAUGUAUGUCGUAAGAUAUAUCAAUUUGUGUUUCGAAUAUGGAUCCGUUAUCUAUCUUGGGCGCCAUCGCCGCCUCCUCUCAAAUCGCCCAGCAAAGCUACGAUGCCAUUAAAUUCUUAAACGAUAUCAAAACACAAAUGAAAAAUGGCCCGAAGAAGAUUCGUGGGCAAAUACAACACAUUGAGCAAUUCAUCAAUCUUCUAGUAUUGGUUAUGAAGAAUACUUCUUUGCAAACCUCCGAAGUUUCUUUGGUUGUGAAAACUUGUUCUAAUUCUGCACAAGAUAUCAAGGACAGCCUUGAAAGUUAUCUUGCUACUCCGGAUGAUGGAAAGAGGGUAAAAUUGCGAAAAGCAUUUACAGGAGUGAGAGCAGAAAAAAAGAUAUCCUCUAUGAUUGCGGAUCUCGAAAGAGAGAAGUCCUUGUUGAGUCUCUAUAUCCAAAAGAUUGAUUUAUCUCUCUUGCAGAAAGUUGAUCUCAAUGCAAAAGACAUAAAAUUGACGGUUGGUGCGGUUGCAAAUGAUGUUACGGAUGUCAAAUCUAUACUUAUAUCGAUGAAUUCUGGAUCAAGUGUUAUCGCUCACACGGAGAACAAUAACAAGAGUCACUUCAUCGUGCCAAAUCGCCGUGUUAGUGGCUUUAUUGGGCGUGAAGAUAUCCUAGACAAGAUCGAAAAAGGAUUAUCUUCUGAAUCUGAGCCCCGUAUCGUUGUUCUUCGGGGAUUGGGAGGCCAAGGUAAAACUCAAAUUGCACUCGAGUAUUGCCAUCGUGCAAGAAAGAAUAAUAUUCGAGCCAUAUUCUGGAUUGAUGCAACAUCCGAGAGCACUGUCAAUAAAGAUUUCAAGUCAGUACUGGAGCGUAUCAGAAGCCCAGCUGACUCAACACAAGAUGACCAAGUGGUUACCUCUGUGUUGAAUAGGCUUCGGGACUGGGGUGAGCCAUGGCUAAUCGUUUUCGAUAAUCAUGACGACCCGUCAAGUUUUCAUUUGCUCGAUUUCAUGCCAUCAGGGCAAUAUGGGCGAAUUUUGAUCACGAGUAGACACGCAGAUACUGCCUUCCUGGCUGAAGGAGAUCAUGAUAUUGAGCUACAUGGGCUCCCAAAAAAUGAUGCUUGUAGUCUUCUCAUCAAACAAAGCCGGGUAAGCGAUACCGCAUCGCGCGACGACGCAUACGCUAUCGUUGAUCGCUUGGGGUAUCAUGCACUAGCUAUUACACAAGCAGGAUCAUAUAUUCAAACUCAAAAGAUCCAAUUAUCCCAAUUUAUGGAUAACUAUAAUCGCCAACGAGAAUUAAUUUUACGGGAAACUCCACGAAUGUCACAGUAUCGGCGUAAGAUUGGGGAGGCUGCGGACGAAACGGCAUUGAAUGUCUUUACAACCUGGGAACUCUCCUACCAGCAAUUCGAGACGCUUGAUGACGAGAAGAAGUACAAGUCAAAGAUUCUGACUUUGUUUGCUUUUUUCAAUUGUCAAAAUAUAUCCCAACGAUUAUUUGAGAAUUAUUGCACAAGAGAACUCUUCUCCAAGCCCAAAGUGAGGGAGAUCGAUAAACCUUUACUCUUGUUUGUUGACGAAGAAAACAAAUGGGAUGAACAAAAGUUUGUGGAUAUUUUGAAUGAUCUCUCUCGACUGUCCCUAAUCCAAAGCUGGUAUAGAGACGAGAAUAACCAUUGUCAUCUGUCUCUACACCCUUUGGUUCAGGACUGGAUCCGCGUGCGCGCUUCUCCAGAACUAUGCUUUGAAUCCGCGGUUCUCAGCACGUAUGUUGUGGCAACGGUUCUGAACCAAUGUUACUCUCAAGAAACAUACACAAUGCCCUUAUCACUGCGGCAGGAAAUCCUAUCCCAUCUUAGUUUGCAUGAAGAAAAUCAAGAUUUGAUGGUGACACUCAAAAAAGAUGAAGGAUUCAGUAGAUGUUUGUUAUAUCUAUCUUAUUCACGGUAUACGAGUUUCUACGAUGACUGCGGAUUAUAUAGAGAAUCCGAGAAGACUGCGCAACAAUGGGUGUCAACGAGUUCGCUGGUGAAUGGACCGGAGGACGAUAUUACUUUGAAUGCUCGUAGCUGGCUAUCAGUUGUGUUGGGUCGUCAAAAAAAAUUUGAAGAAGCAUUUCAUAUAGACCGAGAGGUACUAAAGUUUUGUAGAAAAAAAUACGGUUCUGAAGAUUUGAAUGUAUUGAUACACACACACAACAUUGCAUGGAGUCUAAUGGAAAGAGGUCAACUUGUUAAGGCCGAGAAGAUUUUCAGAAGAGUCAUCGAGGCGAAAGAAAGGCUUUUCGGACAUGACGUUGUAACGACAUUGGCAAGUAUCUUGGGCCUUGCUGAAGUUCUCCGAAGUGCUAGGAAAUACGCUGAUGCUGAAGCCCUUUACCGGAACUUGGUCCACGACGGCCAAAGAAUAUUUGGAACGAAUCAUCCUGAAACGAUUCUCUACAUGAGAGAACUAGGCUAUGUUCUCGAGGAUCAAAGAAAAUAUUCCGAAUCCCUUUCAUAUUAUGAAAUUGUUCAUACGCAUGAUCUAAAAACAUUGGGGCCUAACAGUCCCAACACAUUAGCUGCGGAGCGUAAUUACGUGGCAGUACGCAAGAAACUCGAACAGCAAUUGCAGCGCGAACAGAGGAAAGCCAGAAAGGGAUCAUCAACAAGUCUGCCCUCUGAUUCCGAAAGCGAUACAGAAUCCGAAGUCUCUGAGCUAGGUGAUGAAUCCAUUUUCUCCACAUACGAGCGAAAUUUACUCUGGUCAUCUGAUUCGGAUACAGAGCAAGUUUUUUUUUGUAUUUCUAAAGGAGAGGAGGAAGAAAGUGCGAAAGAACACGUGGAAGAUGAUGUAGAUCCAAUCAUUGGGACAGAAAGCGAAGCCAGUGAUAUCCAAAUGCCCGAAGGUCUAAAAGAUAGACGGAAAGCAAGCCAUGAUUCAAUUCCAGAAGAGGAGAAGCACAAGCUCGAGGCAGAUGAACAUCUGAAAGAUUGAGGAGAAUCUGAUAUAUGGAGACUACAAUCGGCAAAGAAGAGAGAAAGAGGGGGGCGGGGGAAGUUGUUUGUCACUGGAGACUAAUGGAAAUGCUUUAUUUCGACAAGGAUAACAUGCGACGUCAGCAUGAGCUUCUAUAUCUUUCUUUUUGUUCGAGAGAUACAAAUAUGUAGAAUCACACUGAUAGCGCAUCUUUUUUAACCUCUUAUUUUCACGGAGCCUGUUCAUACCCAUCUAGUCAGUUUAAAGUUACGGAAAAACAAUAUUUUCA